AUGAUUGCAGCGCUGGAGCUCAUGAACUACUUCAGUCCGCUGGAGUCUUUUGUUGCUUUCCCGACGCAAGCGUUCUCCACGCUUCGCUCGUUCUGGCCGCCCACGGGGGCUCAGCAACAGCCGCUCAGCGACAAGUAUGACACUGUGGUGCCUCCACCGUCAGCUGAGGAGCUCAUUAUCAAGUCCUUGCCUCCUCUCAAGACAUACACGCCACCCAAAUACCCUAUCGUGCUCUGUCACGGGCUAUCCGGCUUCGACAAGCUUAUCCUUGUGCCGUCGGUGCGCCAGUUGGUGGGGCUGCUCCAGCUCAGCAUCCGCGAACAGAAAAACGAGUCGUUCAUGGAGGACAUGGCAGCCGACGAGGGACUUUUGGCGCUUGACUACUGGGUGGGCGUGAGCAAGUUUUUAGAGUCCAAAGGCUGCACGGUGAUUACCGCCAAGGUCCCCAGCUUCGGUAGCAUCGAGGACCGCGCAUCGGUGCUCGACCAGUGCAUCGACCGCGGAAUCGAGCGCUUGAGGGCGGGCGCACCUGCAGAUGUGCAGCGCGAGUGGCUCGACUCCGACGGCAAGUUCAAGAUCAACCUUAUCGCACAUUCUAUGGGCGGUUUGGACGGCCGUUAUUUGAUCAGCAAAAAGAAGGACAAAAACUACCGCGUCAUGAGUCUUACCACCAUCGCAACUCCGCACCGGGGUUCUGAGAUGGCAGACUUCGUGGUGGAGAAGUUCGACAACUUUAAGCAGACGGCAAGUUUGGACGAGGUCCCGCUUUUCCUCCCGCCUGCAUUUUACCAGCUUACGACCUACUACAUGAAAUAUUUUAAUUCUGUGACGCCAGACGAUCCGAACGUCUCAUACUUCAGCUAUGGAUCCUUCUUUUACCCCAAGUGGUACAACGUUUUCUACCCGAGCUGGAACAUUAUCUUCAACCGCUCGGGCGGUGAGCCAAACGACGGGCUCGUCACCGUGAAGAGUGCCCAAUGGGGACGGUACCUCGCCACGCUCGAGAAGAUAGACCACCUAGACAUAAUAAACUGGCGGAAUAAAUUGCAGCUGGAAACCCUAACUAAUUUGGAAAUGUACAACAAAGGGAUAAAGAAACUCCUGUCCCCGGAGCUUGACGUCUUAGAUUUCUACUUGGCGAUCACUGAUAUGUUGGCUCGCAAUGGUUUGUAA